UUCCAAUUCUCUCGAGCUUUUUUAAACCACUUGUUGGGCCCUGAGCUCUGCAUCACCUCCGAUUAUUGCGGCAACGGCCGCCGAUUCGCUACUAGAAAGUUGGCUGCUGAGCCUCAUGAUCUUCUCUCAGGCAAAAGAUUCCUUCAACGAAUCGACGGCACCUCAAGAGGAAAGGGGGAGCUCUUACAGUACAGAAUUUCAGGAGCAAAGCAAUGAUGGAGAUGGUUCUCAUAGGACUUCGUUAGUUGCAGAUAUGAGUCUCUCGGUGAACGGACAGUAUCGAGUUCCCCCUGGGUUCAGGUUCCACCCCACUGAAGAGGAGCUCCUGCAUUACUACCUCAGAAAGAAGGUGGCGUAUGAGAAGAUCGAUCUCGACGUCAUCAGAGACGUGGAUCUCAACAAGCUUGAGCCAUGGGACAUUCAAGAAAAAUGUAGGAUAGGUACCACGCCACAAAACGACUGGUACUUCUUUAGUCACAAGGAUAAGAAGUAUCCGACUGGUACGCGCACUAACAGGGCAACGGCUGCUGGGUUUUGGAAGGCCACCGGCCGCGAUAAAGUGAUUUAUGCUAGUUUCAAGCGCAUAGGGAUGAGAAAAACACUGGUUUUCUACAAAGGUAGAGCCCCACAUGGCCAGAAAUCAGACUGGAUCAUGCACGAGUAUAGACUCGAUGAGCAGCCCGACUCAAACAAUUCUCAAAACAGUAAUGCCUCCGGGGAAAGCUCUCAAGAAGAAGGUUGGGUGGUAUGCCGAGUCUUUAAGAAAAAGAACCUCCACAAAACCCACGACCCACCUUCCCUGAACAACUCGGGCGACUUUUCGAACUUGAAUCCGAGCAACGACCCUGCUCUCGACCAAAUUCUUCAAUACAUGGGCCGAAGCCGAACUUGCAAGCAAGAAAACACCGAUGCCACCACUUCCUCUCAAUAUAACAACACCUGCUUCUCCUUAAUCCCCCAAAAGUUGAUGAACUUUGAAACCCCGCCCCUCCCUCCUCUCUCAAACGAUUUUAGACCACCCAACAUCAAGCGAAACUCUUCUUCUUGUUAUGCGCCCAUUGAAGACCAACAGGACUCCGACGAGCCCACCUCUGGCUCGUGCUACUCCAGCCAACUUAGCGACUGGGCAACCCUUGAUAGGCUCGUGGCCUCGCACCUUAACGGCCAAGAAGACGAGUCUAAGCAACUGGUGAGCUUUGGCGACCCUGGCAUGGGGAUUCCAUGUCCAACAGGCUUUCCAUUUUGCCCCUCUUCUGACCACGACCUCUCAUCCUUAACCCCCCUUAGGCCCGACACCAACAAUGGUGAUGGAACCCAACAUAACCAUAUCCAGAGCAAUCACGGCCGUUUAUUCAAUGGUGGCCAAGACUUCAACAGUGAUGUGGAUCUAUGGAGCUUUGCUAGACCAUCGGACUCGAGCCACAGCCGCGGCCACGCGUCGCUUCCAGGGUUCGCAUCAACUAUUGCCGAAGUCACUCAAAAAUUGUAAAAUAAAAUAAAAAGACUAGCUCUACUAUAUACUGUAUACUCUUGUUUUUUAAAUAAUGAUAUAAAUAUAUGUAACGGAAGUUAGCU